ACUGGAUAUACCAAGACUGGAAAUAGCGCACCUCGUAUUUGGAAAACGCUAAAUCAUCUUACCCAUUUGUUAGAAACACCCAUCUAGCCGGCGAGGUAUUCACGUCACGUGAUUCGUAAGACAGACUCGAGACCGUUGUAAAACUAUGGGCAAUAGUUCCAGUCGUAAGUCAAAACGUCAGAAAGAAGCUCCAAAUGCAAACACUUCAGCAACAACAGAAACAAGCACACGCCCUCCACAAGUAGCACUAGAGCCCAAGGAUAUAAUGGUUUGUUUCUCUUCUUCUGAUAGCGAGUUCGUUCGCUUUCUGAAAGAUUCAUUCGAGAAAAGUGGAAUCUCAGUUUGGGCAGAUUUUCCGGCAGAGAAAGCUCCUCCUGGAGUUGCAGGCAAAGCAGUCGUAGCCACAUCGGUGUUUGUAUUUGUUGUAAGCGAAGAGUCGGCGUGCAGCAACUUUUGUGAGGAUGCUGUUUCAUUCGCAUACAUCUCAAAUACACCCAUAAUUCCAGUUGCUCUUCAGCAGCAGGACACCUUGGAAGUCUUUCUAAAUGCUGGACUGCGACUGACAUUGGGAGAUAUGAAGUGGUUCAUCUUCGAUGAGAAGUCAAAAUACAAGGAGGCUCUUCCUAGUUUGGUAAGUACAAUCAGAGAGGACAUUGAUCAAGUUAAAGAGGAGGAGUUACGUCCAAAGCAAGACAAUCAAGGAUUACGUUCAACUCCAGUGGGCUUUAAUACUUCUAUAGCUACAAGAGUUGAUGUGCACGUCGAGAGGGCAAGUGUGGCGAAUGGGACAUCAGCAACAGUUGGAAAAGGAGGACCGGCUCAAACCCAGACAUUCUGGGAUCGUUCAUUUGGUGAUCAGCAACAAGUGCCUUGGUUUCGCUUCCAAGAGGCCUUCCUAGAGGAAUAUAAGGCUAACCUAAAGCACAUGUUCAAUGAUGAUAGCACUCAGUGGUUACUUAAGCUACUGGAACGUGAAGUGUUUGAAGGACACGAUCAUGUUACUCGGGAGCAAUUCAUGAAGUUCAGAGGAGAUUCACCACAGAAACACCAGUUUUGGAAGAAAGUCAGUCGACUUGCGAUUGAAAGCUACAACAUGCAUCAAGUGUUUGAUAUGGAAUCGUCUGUUCGUCUGGCAGCAGUGGAGAAUCUAAGCAAGUUCAGUAGUAAAGCUGUCAUUGAAGCUUUAAUGAAUCUCUUGGAUGACCCCGAUGCUAAUAUCCGAGCUGUUGCUGCCAUUUCUUUGGCUCGCACAGAAGUUAGCAAUGACCGAAUUGUUAAUAAACUGAUUGCUUCUCUGAAGGAUGGAGAUCGCUUGGUGAGAGAGAGUGGAUGCCUUGCCUUGGGCCACAUGAAGGCAGUGAAAGCAGUGCCAGCAGUCGUUGCUCGUUGGAGAAACGAUGCCAUAUCUCAUGUGCGUGCAGCUGCUGAAGUAGCUUUGUCUAACAUUGGUGGUGAGGAGGCAGAGAAAGCAGUUCAUAUGACAAAGGUGCUCACCAGUGAAAUGAAGGAGUUAUCACAAACAAAGUCAGUAUAAGAGCACUGUGCUGGACACGUUUAGAUUAAUAUGCUGCCACAAGCUAAAAUGCUGCAUCACCAUCUGCUGUUCCUGUUAUAAUUCAUGGGAUUUUACUCUUUCAACUAUGACAGUUUACUGCUUGA